AUGAAGGAUAUUGAAAAUAGCAAUGAAUUGGAUGACCAUGAAUUUGAGAAUGAAGUUGCAAUGUUAGACAAGUUCCGAAGUGAAUAUAUCGUAUAUUUCUUUGGUGCUGUUUUCGUAUCAAAUAAAGUGAGUUUAGUUACCGAAUUUGCCGAGUUUGGGUCUUUAAGAGAUUUGAUUGACCAUAAAAAGGCAAGUGAAAUUGAAACAAAACUUCGUAACAAAUUCAUGUUAGAUGCUUCAAAGGGGAUUUUAUAUUUACACAAAAAUGGAAUUCUACAUAGAGAUGUUAAGCCAGACAACAUCUUGAUAUACUCGUUAAAUUUUUCUGACAAUGUGAUUGCGAAAUUGACUGAUUUUGGGUCCUCGAGAAACUUUAACAUGAUGAUGACUAAUAUGACAUUCACAAAAGGUGUUGGAACACCAAGUUACAUGGCACCAGAAGUCUUGAAAAGAGAUAAAUAUAAGAAAGCUGCUGAUGUUUAUUCAUUUGCAUUGACAAUGUAUGAAUGCUUCGGGUGGUGCUUUGCAUAUGACAAUGACGACUUUACAUAUCCUUGGAAAAUAGCAGAUUUUGUAACUCGGGGACUACGACUGCCCAAGACAAGUGAUAUGUCGAAUGAGCAAUAUAACAUUUUGAGCCUCAGUUGGAAACAGUGUCCGAAUGAUCGAAUUGAAAUAGAAGAGGUUGUUAAUAUGUUGGAGAACAUAUUAAUUGAAUAA